ACCCACAGAUUUGGAAUCCCCUUUUUUGCAGCCCCAAAGAGUCUUAAAAACUCAUCCAUCCUUCCCCUCUUCGUUCUUUACAUUCCUUUAUUUUUCAUGUGAAGUCUCUCUUUUAUUCUGCUGGUCGUCUUCCUGGGCUGCCUUGAGCCCCCCCCCCCAAGUUAGAAAUUUUAAUAAUUUUAAUCAGGCAUGAUUAGGCAUGCUUUAGCCAAUUCUCUCCCAACGGAGACAUGGCUCUUGAGCUUCUGUAGGCAAGGGCAGUCUACCUCCCAGCACCAGAGUCCUGGGUAAUGAGCAAUAGGGGGACAUAGAAACUAUAUUCAUGUAGGCUUUCUAAAGCUGUCUAGCUCUGAUGAAAUAAGAUGUGACGAAGCUUAUAUGCCAUAUAAUGGGCUUUCUCCAAUGGCUGCGUUGAGUCAUUUACAAAACCAUAUUAUUAUUUUUUUAAAGGGGGCGUUCUGUUUAGAAACAGCCUCCCUGCUUCUCCUGAGCAGAUUCUGCCUUAAAGGACCCUCUUCUCCCCUGAGUCUUGCCUGCAGAACUCACUAUUCCUUUGACUACUUGGGUUCACACAACCUCUGGAAAACCGUCUUUACCAUCUUAUACCCCAAGGAUAAAUGCUUUCCAGCUGUCGCAGGCUGGCCUGCUUCAGGGAGUGUGCUGAAUCCAAGCCCCCUGCCUCCUUGGAGCCUCACCAAGGUGGUUGUGUGAAUGGAGCCGCAGAGGCACUGGCUGUUCUUCCCUGCCACCAUCUGCUGCCAUUUUUUUUUUACCUUCCCUGGAGAGGCAGAAUCGCUGGUGGGAACAGGGGUGUUAGAAUCCUGUUUCUCCCCUGCUUCUCAAUUGCACAUCACCAUGGAAGUGAAAUGCUUCUAUUCUGCUCUUCACCGUCCCUCUGUGGAUAAGGCUGGGGUGGUGAGGAAAGGAUGCCUCUCCCUGCCAUUCUGGGCCUUAAAAAAAAAAAAUUCCUUUCAAAAUGCUUUAAUUCCCCAUGGCAGAAAGUCCCAUUUAUUUGGAAUUGGCGGAGGGAUGCAAAGCAGAUAAACGUAAUAAAUAAAAUACAGCUACCCCUGUGCAGUUGCCUUGCAUAGAAUCCCUCAGAGGAGGGACCUCUUGAGAUCAUCCAGUCUAGCCCCAUGCUUAGUCAAAGGAAAAACAUCCCCCCCCCAUCAAGUCUUCUGAAUUUGAACCGUGAGUAUUUUGCAGGCUACUUUGCAGGUUAUUCCCCAGAGGGGCUGCAAUCAGCAGGCGAAAGAUGGGAUUUAAAUAAGUCUCCCUUUGCUAUCUGAGCGCAAUUAGGCUUUUCAGUUUAAUGUGGAUUUGUCGUUCUUAUUUAAUUUGUAGGGAUGGCACUGUGGGCUGCUCACUCGUAACACUCCGCACAUGGAUGUAUCACUAGGGAAGGUAAAAAUCCCUCUUUAAAAAAAAAAGACAUUUACAAAUCUAAACCAACAGAGCCCAUUACAGUCAAGCAAUGGCGAGGGAUUGUCACUUUUUUUCCUUGCUAAGCUAGAUUUCCAGGCUGCAGGAGCUGGACUGGUGGAUGAAUUUUACCCAAAGAAACUUUCCUUAGACAAAAAUACAAAGGUGUUGUGUUCAUUACGACUGUAACCCUUUGUAGCCUAGGUGGCUAAACAAAUUAAAGGGCUGCCCCUAGCUUUUUUACCAAAAAAAAAGGAAGCUGGAAGCAUUUUCUCUUAACAAACGCAGAGAAAUUUGGCAGCAGGAAGAGAUUUUUAAAAUGUAUUUGCUGAGGGCAGCUAUUGCAAAUGGACAGGAUGAACACAGGUUAAUCAUAAUCCCUCUUCAGCCUUUUGUGCUUAAGCCUUUUUUUUAGAUGUUGAUAACCACGCGAGCACCUUCCUCAACUCCAGAUGUGUUGGACUGCAUUUCCCAUAAUGCCUAGCUGGUAGAGAAGCUGGGAACAGGGCCUCACUUCUGGAAAGGUGCUCCAGCCAUUUACAAUAGAGAGAACACACUGGGAGCAGAGAAAAGGGAAAGGAAACUUGGAAUCCACCACCUGUUUCAGGCAGCGCCUUGCAGUGUUUGUUUGUUUGUUUUUAAUUUCAUUUUCUCCCUUCUUCCAAGGACGGGCCUUAGUCCAUCCUUGUCACUGCAGCUUGGCUGAACCCAGCCUCGUCCGUCUCUACGGCAUCUCUGCGGUGGGUCCUAUCACCACCGCCCCGUCUUCUGUUGCUCAUGCUGGUGGGUUCCUGUGAGUCACCCCCAUGUGUGAGCUUUUGAGGCUGCCGAACUGGUGGCGUUGGGUUGCAUUUUUAAAAGCGAUGAUGAUGAUGAAGAAGAAGAGAAGGAUGAGUUCAUUUCCACCCUGCAGGGCUGCUGGCUGAGUGGGUGGCAGGGGCUGAGUGAGCUAAGCGGGUUCCUGAGCCCGGCUGUAUUUCUGAAGGCCGAAGGGAACAGCUUUCUGUGGCUCUUCAUAGCUGGCUGGAUGCUUUCGGCUCCUUGCUGUUGCAAAGCAGGGAGGCGGGAAGGCAGAAUCAGAAAGUGCCAGAGAAUAAAAAGCCCCCCAGCCUUGAGAAAAACGGAUGGCUCUCCUCACCUCUAGCUGUUUUGGUCCCAGAUCUUCCCUUCUCUUCUCCUCCUCCUCCUCUUCAUCUCCCCACUCUCCAUCUUGCUCUUGAAACCAACCAACCAGAACAAAAAAACAUUUUCCUUCCUUCUCCAUCACCGACAGCCCUUUUCUUUCCUUCCCCAACGACGAAUCUGGGUUCUGCCAGGAAGGAUAUCCAGCCCCAGAAAAGGAAGAAGAGGAAAGACCAGCGGGGCGCUGGUCCAUCUCCGCCACCGGAAGACGAGGGAUGUGAAGAUGUUGUGAGCUGAGCCAACCAUGGUGCCUCUCUUUCCCCCCAAACAUGUGAGCUGCAAGAGAGAACGGAGCGAGAAGCAGAGAUAAAAGCUGCAGGGGAAGAGAGGGAAAGAAAAAAAAAAAAAGGAGAAAAAGACUGCAGUGUGAUCGUUCCUCCUCCACCUCCUCCUCCUCUUCGUCCUCCUCCUCCUCUUCAGCCCGUUUUGAAAGGUGUACAUAUAUCUGCUUUCCACUCUUCUUAAUUUUCCUGAGUCUAUUUUUUUUUUAAAAAAAACCCAAGUAGUUUUGAUUUGUAUGCCCAGCUUGGAAGAGACCGUCUACUCUGGCCACAGACAAUGAGCGAUGCGUUUACUUCAUGGGCAAAUACGACAACUGAAGGUGUGACGACGGUGCCUGGCGAAGUGAGCCCCCAGGACGGUUAUGUGUUACUUCUGGUGCUUCUUUCUAUCUUUAUUGGGGGCACUUUGGUGCUGCUGUUUGGCAUCCUGAUCGUCUGCCGGCGCUGCUGCGAAACGGAUCGAAGGCACUCCAGAGCCAGUGAUGACCCAGAAAAAACAAACACAACUUACCUGGAUGACUCACAGCCGACACAAGACAUCACCAUUAAAGUGGAUGACCCCGAAUGCAUGUCCAGCUCCAGCUACCGAGAUGCGGAGAGCGAACGGUUUCUGUCUUCCGGGAGUGCCACGGGGCGGCGGGUGUCUUUUAAUGAAGCUGCCCUUUUUGAGCAGAGCAAGAAAGCGCAGGAGAAAGGAAGGAGGUACACUCUGACCGAGGGUGAUUUCCACCAUUUGAAGAACGCCCGCCUCAGCCAUCUGCCCCUGCCACCCUCGGCUGCCCUCAAAAUCGUCACCAUCCACGAGUGCGAAUCCAACGAGAACAGCAUGAUGACGACUCCACGCCUCCCACCGGUCAAGCCGAGACUUGCCAUCUUCCAAUCUGGCAGUGCAGCCAAGGCCGCUAAAGGAGCCCCCACAGCUCCUCCACAGGACCCCACCUCAGCACCUGCCCAGGGCACCGUCCUUCAUUUCCUGACCCGCCUGCGCCGUCACGCUAGCCUGGAAGGAGCGAGUCCCUAUUUCAGGAUCAAGAAGUGGAAACUGGAAACCAGCCAGCGGGCCUCCAGUCUGGACACAAGAGGGUCCCCCAAGCGUCACCAGUUCCAGCGACAGCGAGCCGCGAGUGAAAGCAUGGACCAGGAUCGUGAUCCUCACCAGACAGACAUCAUCCAGUAUAUUGCCCGGACGGACGACGUGGUUUUCCGGCCCGUGGCUGGACCAUUCCUACCUGCUCCGGCCAGUCCAACAUUAUCUCUCGGCAGGUUAGAGUCUUCCGAACCACCCAGUCCCACUCCACCCGAGCCAUUGGAACAGCAGCCCACUCCCCUUUAUCAUGACAUCUGGAGCCUACGGGCAUCGCUAGAAAAGUGUGUUUCAUCAGAGAAGGGCAACGAUCAGGACUCGGCGCCCAGCGAUGGUGGGGACAGCGUUUCCUCGAAUGGCGGGCUACCAAGUUUCUCUUCCUCCUUGGCCGAUGAGGCUGAAGCCGGAGAGGACAGGUCCUUGGCGAAACCCAAACAGGAUAGUGUUGAGUUGGAAGCCGGGACCCGUAAACUCUUGCAGAUGGAUAGCGGCUACGCCUCCAUUGAGGCCCCCAGCGGACGAGUAGGAGAAGACCAGACCGCCUCAGAGAAACGUUUCUGCUUCACCAGCGCUGGACGCAAGGCCACCAUCUUUGAGAGCUUUGAGGGACAGGAGCGAGAAGAAGAGGAGGAGGAGGAAGAGGAGGAAGCAGCUGGCGCUGUUGGAGGUCUCCUCCCUUCCAGUCCAUUGCUCUGGGCGCCGUACGGGCAGAUGUUCCCAGCACGAGAAUCCUUCUCUCGCCGGGACUACAGCAUCGAUGAAAAAACAGACGCCCUUUUCAACGCCUUUGUCUGCCAUGACCCCCAAUUCGAUGAAUCUCCCCUGCGGGCCAAACACCGCUCCCGGACCCAUUUGAGGAAGCAGUGGCAGCGUACCAAGCAGUACAGUGACCCCGGCGUUCGCUACCCCACAGCCCUGGAGAGGCACCGGACCCCCUUGCGUCGGGGUGACAGCGUUAACUACCCCCUGGAAGGGCGCUACCACAGCACCCUGCCCCGCAUUGUCAGCUCUGGGGAUGAGGAGGUAGCCUCCCCCGCCGCAGAAACAGGGGACAAGAUCCAGGCGAUUGAGGAAGAACCACCGGAGGAGGCCAAAACGGGAUCCAACCUAUACAGCAGGGACUGUCUCGAAGGCGGUCAGUGUCCAAGGCUGGGCACAGAACUUCUGGACAAGAUCGCGGGGGGGCUGGAGGACAUGUUUUUCACCCACUUGAAAAAACCACGAGAGAGUCUAGAGUGUGUGGUGGUGGUGGCUGCCCGGGCUUCCCCUGAUCACAGCCCCGAAUAGUGGCAAGGGGACGCACUGGGAUGACCCUUUCUCUGUCUCGCCCCGGGGCUGGGGGAUGUCACGCAGGGCCUGCCAGCCAGCUGGGAGGCAGGGCGCUCCAUGGGCCCGAGGGCGCGGAGCGAGAUUGAGGAACGCCCUCCUGCACUGACAGCCUUCCGCUGUGUACGAGGCAGCCCCACCUGGAGGUCCCCUUGAGGGUUGAGAAGGUCCAGGGCUGAAGACAUGGCCAGCGGAGAGCCCUGUCUCGCUGGUCAGAAGACGGAGCCUACCAAGGACCUGGGGAACCUCUGGCUGGAUCCAUCCAUGCCUUUCCAGCAGGGGCCCGGAAGGUGGGGGAGCACAUCUCAAGAGGGGGGGGAAACCUUCCCUUUUGGGGGGUCUCUGAAGAGCGCAGGGUGUCCGCUGGAGCCGAAGGGCCUUUUCUUCCUUCUGGUUAGAUCCAGGGGUGGGGACGGGAGAGCCCACGGAAUCUCUCCCCCCUUUUGAAGCAGGUUUGCCAAAGUCGGCGUAUCUCUUGCACAGCCAGGAAGUUUUAAGUUUUCAGGGGCUCGUUCUCGAGGAUAAUAAAUAAUAAUAAUAAUAAAUAAUAACGAGAGAAAACAGCCCCCAAAUCUACCGGAGGCCUGACAUACCUCACACUCUUAAGAGCUGGUUGUAGCAGAUAAUUUCAGCGCCUUCCACCGUUCCUCUUGCACAGCUCUCUCUCUCUCACUCUCUUCUCUCUCUCUCUGGUUUUUUACAAGCAAUAACCUGUCCUCCUCCCCCCCUCCCCGUCAGCAAAGCCAUCUUUGCUCAAGGGUCUUUGUGGAGGGAGGGGCCAGCUUGGCCUUCCAGGUGGGGCAGAACCCCCCCCCCCCAUUUCAGCCCACAGACGGACAGACAUGUUUCUCCACCGAGGUCCUUUUUGUGUGGUGUGAUGCGUGGAACAGUUUACGUUUUCUCGAGUUGACGGAAUCUGCCUAUUCCUGGGUGGGUGGGGGAAUGUGGGGGGCUGGUAGGGGACCCCGAAACAAAGCACGCUGCUUGAAGGAUGAAUAGCACAAUUCUCUCUCUCUCUUUCUCCUUCUCUUCCUGUUCCCUCCCACCCACCUAGCACCUUUUUACCAGUUUUGAAGGCUUGUUUUUCACACUUUUCCAGCUGUUCCUUGGGUUCCAUAUUUUUUUUCAUACUCCUCUUUUCCAUGGUUCACUCUGCAUCUUCCAACCAUCCUGUUUUGGUCCAGGGCUAUCGCUUGCUUUUGGGAUUUUCUUGCUGUUUUGAUGCAAAAAGGACCGGCUGGCAUUUUGGGGUGAUGGAUCAGUUUCCGGUCUUCUGGACUGGUUGAAAAAGACGCAGAGGAAGUGUGACCCCUUUCUUGGGGUGGUGAAGAAUAUUAUUGUUGUUGCUUGGGAGAGAAGAAUUAUUAGCAUAUGCCCCGUUCUUUAUUAUUCCUUAUUCUACAAGUUCCCCUUCUCCAUCUAUAUGCAAAGCAGGUGUUGCUUUCGAUUAUUGUUAUUAUUUAUUUCUGUGUGCGUGCGUGCGUGUAUGUGUGUGCACGUUUUCCCCAGGGCAGGUAUUCCUUUUGUGGCAUCCUUUAAGCAGGGGCUGGGGAGCCUUUCUUGUGUUAUUUAUUUAUUUAUUCAUUGGCUUGGCUUUUUAAUUUAAUCUUUCCGGAGAGUGGUGGAAUAGUGAGGUGGAAAAAAAAA